UAGACCCUUCAUUUCCUAUCAUCCCACGUGUCACUCCAGAUAUUCUCAUUUCUUCUUCUUUAUUUAUAUACCAACCCUUUUCUCAUCUCCUCACUCACUCAAAAUCUUCUACUCUAUUUUUUUUCUCACAGGGGCAUUUCAGUAAUUUAAACACCACCACCACCACCAUGGCAACCAUGGCAUCAUCCACUUUCACAGCCUCUCAUCUUACCAAGUCCUCCAUCUUCGACACUAGCUCCUUCCAUGGAACACCAGUGGCUCCACCACCCUCCUCAUCAGUUCGGUUCCAACCCACCGUUAAGGCGUCGUCCUCCUCCGUUUCCAUGUCAUCAACUGGUGGUUCGAACCUUCCGUACGACCUCCAGAACUUCCGGUUCGAACCGAUCAGAGAAUCGAUCGUGUCAAGGGAGAUGACGAGGCGUUACAUGAUGGACAUGAUUACUUAUGCUGAUACCGAUGUGGUUGUGGUCGGAGCUGGUUCAGCUGGGCUAUCUUGCGCUUAUGAGCUGAGUAAGAACCCCAAUGUUCAGGUGGCUAUAAUUGAGCAAUCUGUUAGCCCUGGUGGCGGCGCGUGGCUCGGUGGCCAGCUUUUCUCCGCCAUGAUUGUGAGGAAACCAGCACACCUUUUCCUUGACGAGCUUGGUAUUGCAUACGAUGAGCAAGACACAUACGUGGUGAUCAAGCACGCUGCCUUGUUCACCUCCACCAUCAUGAGCAAGCUUUUGGCCAGGCCAAACGUCAAGCUCUUCAACGCGGUGGCAGCCGAGGACCUCAUUGUCAAGGGUGACAGAGUUGCGGGAGUAGUGACCAACUGGGCUUUGGUGUCAAUGAACCACGACACACAAUCCUGCAUGGAUCCUAAUGUCAUGGAGGCCAAGGUUGUGGUCAGCUCUUGCGGCCACGACGGUCCUUUUGGCGCCACUGGUGUCAAGAGGCUGAGAAGUAUUGGCAUGAUCAAGAGUGUUCCUGGAAUGAAGGCGCUCGACAUGAACGCCGCUGAGGAUGCCAUUGUUGAUCUGACUAGGGAGAUUGUCCCUGGAAUGAUUGUCACUGGAAUGGAAGUUGCUGAGAUUGAUGGAUCACCUAGGAUGGGGCCAACAUUUGGAGCAAUGAUGAUGUCAGGGCAGAAAGCAGCACACUUGGCCUUGAAAGCACUUGGACUCCCCAAUGCUGUUGAUGUCCAGCCAGAGCUGAUCUUAGCUGCAGCUGAUUCUGUUGAUACUGCAGAUGCUUAAUUAUUUGGCAAUGGCAAUGGCCAUGAAAGUAGUUCAUGGUAGCUAAAGCUGAGACUACAGCCAUAGCUGGAGUGGAUCUGUAGUAGUUGUUAGGACUAAGAGUCUGAUCGAUUUGAGAGUUAUUUGGUUGGUAUUGUUAAUAAGAAUAAUGAGGGUUGUGUUCAUUUAUAUCUCUCUAUUUUAUCUUUUUCCCUCAAGACUAAGACUACUUGUGUUUGGAAGUGUGAUCAAUUAAUGGCAACUUUUGUGUCA